AUGACUUUAAUAAAAUUUUUGUCAAAAUUGGUAAAUAAAAAUAAUGAUGAAAAUAAUGGAUCAAUUUCAAUGAAUAGAAUUGAAAGUAGAAGUAGUAUUAAUACAUCAGAGAUUGAUAUUUUUAAUUAUAAUACUAUAUCAAGUUGUAACAAUACUCCUCAACCAUCACCAUAUCACCAAAAUAGAUUCAAUCAACCAAAUUUUUUUGAAGAAAUUAAAAGAGAAGAUGAUACAAGAUUAUUGGCAUAUUCUUUAUAA